CCACUGAAGGAAGGUUCUGUUUCCCAGACUCUCUGGAGGCCAGCAGAUCUUUAAGAGGCUUGUCUGCCCAGUGGCUUGCCCUGCCUGUCUUCCUCUUUCCUGCACAGAGAUCUAGGGUGACAGGAACUGUGACAGCCCUCCCUUGCAGCAGUGUGAGCUUUCUUUGCCCUUCGCCUGUGAUGCUGGAGCAGCCGUGUAAUGCUCCGUGUUUUCAUUUCGCAGAAGAUCCGUGUGGAUUGCCAUGAGCAUCUGCGGCUUUAUUGGUCUGAUUCUUGCAGCUGUCUGACAGCUGCUUUUUAUGGUGUCCUUUGUAGACAUUGGAAUUCAGGUGCUUUUAUCAUGCUGAUGGGCCAAGACCAGGGGUCUCUUCGCUUGGGUUUGUGUCUGUGGCUAUGUGGAUUCUUGGCUUCCUUUAAAGGCUGCACAGGCUGUGCCUCUGAAGAGCAGCUCUUCCGCAAGCUGUUUGCUCGCUACAACCGAUUCAUCCGGCCAGUGGAAAACGUGUCUGAUCCCGUUGCAGUGCAUUUUGAGUUGGCAAUCACACAACUGGCCAAUGUGGAUGAAGUCAACCAGAUCCUGGAAACCAAUCUAUGGCUGCGUCAUAUCUGGAAAGACUACAAAUUACGUUGGGAUCCAAUGGAGUAUGAUGGCAUUGAGACACUUCGUGUUCCAGCAGACAAGAUCUGGAAGCCAGACAUUGUUCUAUAUAACAAUGCUGUUGGUGACUUCCAAGUGGAAGGCAAGACCAAAGCUCUUCUUAAGUAUGACGGCAUGAUAACCUGGACCCCACCAGCCAUCUUCAAGAGUUCUUGUCCUAUGGACAUCACCUUCUUCCCUUUUGAUCAUCAAAACUGUUCCCUGAAAUUUGGUUCCUGGACUUACGACAAGGCUGAAAUUGACCUUCUGAUCAUUGGCUCCAAGGUGGACAUGAAGGACUUUUGGGAAAACAGUGAGUGGGAAAUUGUUGAUGCUUCUGGCUACAAGCAUGACAUCAAGUACAACUGCUGUGAAGAGAUUUACACAGACAUUACCUACUCCUUUUAUAUCAGGAGGCUGCCCAUGUUUUACACCAUUAACCUCAUCAUCCCCUGUCUCUUCAUUUCCUUUCUCACCGUGUUGGUCUUUUACCUUCCUUCUGACUGUGGUGAGAAAGUAACUCUUUGCAUCUCAGUUCUGCUUUCUCUGACCGUCUUUUUGCUGGUGAUUACUGAGACAAUCCCAUCCACAUCUCUUGUGAUCCCACUGGUGGGUGAAUAUCUACUGUUCACCAUGAUCUUUGUCACACUGUCCAUUGUGGUGACGGUGUUUGUGUUGAACAUACACUACCGCACCCCAGCAACGCAUACCAUGCCCAAGUGGGUGAAGACUAUUUUCCUUCAGGUUUUCCCCUCAAUUCUGAUGAUGAGGAGGCCUCUGGACAAGACAAAGGAAGCAGGUAAUGUUAAGGACCCAAAAAGCCUUCCCAAGAGAACUGCCAAGGUCAAGUUUGCUCAUCGAAGAGAGCCCAAGCUUCUGAAGGAAAGCUGCCGCGGUCAAAAAUCACGCGAGACAGCCCCUGGCAAGAGAAGAUGGAGUCAGCAGCCUGCAGGGUGGAUGGCAGAGAAUUCAGAGCACUCCCCAGAUGUGGAAGAUGUGAUUGACAGUGUUCAGUUCAUAGCAGAGAACAUGAAGAACCACAAUGAAACAAAGGAGGUAGAAGAUGACUGGAAAUACAUGGCCAUGGUGGUGGACAGGGUCUUCCUCUGGGUGUUUAUAAUCGUCUGUGUGUUUGGAACUGUGGGGCUCUUUCUACAGCCACUGCUUGGGAACACAGGAAAGUCUUAAUCUGUAUUUUCCUUUUGCCUUCUGAAUCUUUUAGAUGUUGUGUUUGUUCUAAACUACUUACUACAAGAAAAGGCCAACUACCCAUCUCCUAAACCACAACAAGAAGGGAAAGGGGGACAGUAUUAAAAUCAUAGAAACCUGAAUAUAUGUCCUCACUGUGCCAGGAAUCCAUUAGAGUGUUUUACCACCUGGAAGCCCAAAGAUGGCAAUGUAUCUAAACCAGAAGCACUGACUCAGUUUCUCUAUGCCAUGCAUACUUUGUUUCCAGAAAUGUGAAUGACCUCUCACAGUGCUAGACCCCACAGCAAGCAUCAGUCUACACUGAAAAGUGAUUCUCUCAUAAAUGAAGCUCCUGUUGGUUGUUGCAAUGAAGGAUAAGACUAGAGAGAAACUCUGGGACACUGCUGACAUUUGCAACACCUGUCUACUCCCGUACCCUGCUUUCUUGUGCAUGUCUCUGUGAUGGAGCUCACACUAGUCUCCAGCACAUGCAUGAUUAAAGGAGAAACCAGACUAUUCAAUUAGUUGCACUAUUGUCUUUCUGUCUGCAUGAAAAUUCACCUGAGACCAUCAAUGUGGAAGGAGGAAGCUGCUAUGAAUUCAUGGUUUCAGAGGAUUUAGUCCAUGAUCACUUGGCCCCAUUGCCUCUGGCCUUUGCAGAGGCGAAUCAUCAUGGCAGGUAUGCCUAGUAGAGAGCAACUGUCCACUUAAUGAUAGCUACCAAGAAAGCAAACAGAGAAGAAUCUGGGGUACCAAUACUCCUUUCAAAGGCAUAACGCAAUGACAUAACUUCAUGCUACAGGGCCUCAUGUCUCAGAAGCUCCACUACCUCCCCAUAGUGCAGAGGACUAAGUCUUUAACACAUGUCUUUAGGGAUGAUCCAAACCAUAGCAGUAUGGUUCUGAUAGGACAGUUUGCUGGUACCCAGUACUGUGCUAGGCACUACAAGGGUAAUAUAAAUAGAUUCUUUCCCCUGUAAAUUUACAGCCUUUUAGAAAAGUCAUACAUGCAAAGAUCCAUGGGAUUGGGUGGUGGAGAGUAUAGCUGGAGCAACCCAAACAAAAGAACCUAAUUGGGGAAACCUAAAACCACUCUUGUGUUUUAAAUAGCUCUCUGUCUACUCCUUUUACCAGGAACCCUUCACAUGCUCACUGCAUGGACACAAAAUAAAAUCUGUAAGAAAUGUUAA